AUGCUUCUUCCUCUUCUUCUCGUCCUACCAUUAGCUGCUCUCGGUUGUGGCGCCGGCUAUGGACAGCUUGGAAGGACAGGUAAGUUCGUCUAUCAAAUAGCUCCACCAAUUGCCUACACCUAUUCCAACAACCCAUCGAGAGGCCAAGUCAAUGCAAACUAUGCUAGUUAUAUCGCUAAGAAUGACGUCACAAAUGCGAUAAUGGAGACAUUGACCGAAAAUGCGCUACCAACCACUGGGAUCACAAUCAAUGUCGACUUUAUUCCUCCCAAUACUCCAUUGAUGGCAACCUGCGAUGCUGAAGGGACUGGAUAUCUUACUGUUGAUGGCACUGUAUUAUACAAAUGCUUAACGACCGGCCAAGAAACUUUCAUUGUUAAUGAAACGGUUACCGUUACUUCAACUGUGCGAAAAACUGGAACCACCAAUGGUCCAGGCGGUGUCAAAGCCGAACUCUUCGAGCAGACCAUGACAGUCACUGCAAUCACUUCCCAGCUAGUCUACGAGAGCCAAUGGAAGCAAAUUGCGAGAUCGGUACAAAAAUCAUUGGAAUCGAAGAACAUGCUUUUUAAUGAGGAGAUUCAAGUCCUAUUAUUGUAG